AGCAUUGACGAGCCUUCGCUCAAGAAAUUUUUAGAUUUUCGACUUUCGGCUGGCGACUUAGAAGAAUCGAAAAUUGAGUACGAUCGGUAUAAUAAAGAAUUAAUUACCAUCAGCAGAUUUUACGCCGAAGCAUCAGAAUUUGGCCAACAAGUAUCAAAAUGGAAAAUUUCUUUCAAGGAAACGAUAAAGUAUUUUUGGAAACUUCAAGAUGAAAGACAAAAUCUUAUAUUGAAGAAAAAGUUGAUUGAAGAUAAGGUCAAUUUGCGAGAAGAAAAAGCAAAUGCGAAGGUUCAGAAGUUGCAGACUAACCAGUACAUAACCGUUGCCACAGUUGCGACAGAACAAAUCCAACAAUAUGCCAAGUCAACCACCACCAGCAUAACGAAGAAGUUUCUUGAUCAUGACAACGAAAGAACAGCAAAACGUACCAGAACUAAUAAGGAUAGUAAAGAAGAUGAUGAUACCGAAUACAUUCUUUUUUCGAAAUCAGAUGAAAAUGUAUCUUCUGUCUCUCCUAAAAACCAAUUCUUUCUCGACAAUAAUCCUCUUCCGAUAUCGGGUAAAAAAUCAUCCAAUAAUGACAAGGAUACCAUAGAUGAAUUCUUUUCAGGUCCAUCUACGCAAGUUUCACAUGAUCUAGUAAUGACAGAAUACCCACAGCAAACAUUGCCGUGUAUCCUUAAAUCUGGUGAGAAUUUCACCGAUGUGUGGAAUAAGUAUUUGCUUAAAAUUGACUUGCAUCAAUGGAGUGUGGAGAAUGAUAGCAUCGUGGUAACUUUCCAAAACGACAUACUCAAAUCUAUGUGUUUGAAAGAAAGCUGGGAGCAAAUCCGAGGCCAAAAACUACAACUCGCGGAAGAAAGUGAAGACGAGAUCACCUUGUUUGAGCAGUAUGCAUUACUAGUUAUCCAUAUCUUUAUUAGCGAAUUCACAAGUAAAAGAGGCGUGAUCUCACAUCCCUCAACUACAGAGGCCAUGUGGAGUACAAUAAUGAGUUUUAUAACAGGGAAAGCAAUACGAAGUGGAGGUAUAGAAUAUACAUGGGGAGAGGUCGAGAUAGAUUCAACGGCAUUAAGAAAAGAUAGUGGCCGUGAUAUUCUCUCUCUCCAAAAAGUUGCAACAGGGCACAAAGGAGAUGGAACGGGAUUAUCAGAUGAUGGGCGUGAAUGCUUUGUUAUGGAAAUUUCUUAUGCACUGCAAGAUCAAAAUAGGCGGAAAACAGCUGAAGAUCUUUAUAAAUUGCUUCGAGAAAUGAGAGAUAUGCUCCAUAUAUCUAAGAAAGAAAAGCGCGAAUUAGGUUACAAGAUACCCAAAGAGGAUUUGUUUGAGAUGGAGUACAUUAAGCCCUUCUACAUAGUUCGAAAAAUCGGGUCUGUAAAGAUUUCCAACAAUGAUAUCACAAAACUUGCCUUCGUUCUGCGGAUGAUGUGGGCGUUUAAAGAAAGGGUUACCUCAGCAAAUGAAGUAUGGAACAACUUAGAAAGUCGAUAUGAAAAUCAUACAACGCUAGAAUCAUCUGAUGAUGGAGAUAACUUCACAAAGAUGACCCCAAAGAAACAAUCAAAACGUACCGAUUAA